UGGCAACCAAAGAAAUGAAAUAAUUCACUUCCCUCUGGGGUUUGUAAAUACCCUCCUAGCUUAUUGUAUUUUUCCUUUCAGAUUCGGUUUCUUUGGCUGUCAAAGGGGUUGCAACAACCCAGGGAGAGCAGCUAAAUUUCAUUUGCAGGAAACGGCCUAGAAAAGUUCUAAGACUAGGAAGGAAGGAUACUAGUUAUCUGCAGAAACAAGAUGAACAAGAAUGAUGUUGUUAGUAAGGUAGAACCGUGGAAGACAAAAGAAGUCAAGACGACGAGUCACGGGACUCGAGAGUUUCAAUUUUGGCUCUUUUGGAGGGAAUUUGUUUUUCCGUUUAAAAUUAUUUAUUAUUUAUUUAGGAAACCGGUGAUGGAGGUAGUGGAGGUCACUCACUUUCUGUUUCUGGUACUUAACAGCUACCACUGUCCAAAAGUGGCAAAAGCUGCACUGUUUGAUUCUUUGCUCGAACUGUUUCGGCCAAUCCUUAUAAAACAAGCCGCGAUCCAUAAUUGAAUUUCUAUUGCUAGUGAGAGACUGAAGGUUAUCCAACCUUGAUCACCAUUGCUGCUGCGGGGGCAUCCCAUAAAUUUACCUUAUCUUGUAGUUUCGACUCAAAGAGCUGCGGACCAGUUUUCUGAGCGAGUUUGUAAUGGCAACUCAUGGUGUCCACAUUCCGGCCUUUUAUUCUGCCAUUUUGAGGCCUCCAGGGAAGCCAUUUGAGACCCAUAAAUGUUUUUUCUCUGCGCCGGGCGUUCAAAUCAAGCAAAGGGGCUUAAUGGCUUCUGUGACCAGUGCACCUCGGGUUUUGCACAGUCCCUCACAUUCAAUAGCAUCCUUUAAGGAGUUGAUUGAAUCUCUAAUAACUAAGGUAGAUUUAUCUGAGGACGAAGCUGAAGCCUCUCUUGAGUUUCUAUUGAAUGAUGCUAAUGAAGCAUUGAUCAGUGCUUUUCUUGUUCUCUUGAGAGCCAAAGGGGAAACAUUUGAAGAAAUUGUCGGAUUGGCAAGGGCGAUGAUCAAACACAGUGUGAGGGUUGAAGAUAUGGUUGAUGUAGUUGACAUUGUUGGAACAGGUGGUGAUGGUGCAAACACAGUUAACAUCUCAACUGGUGCUUCAAUUCUUGCUGCAGCUUCUGGUGCAAAAGUUGCUAAGCAAGGAAACCGUUCCAGUUCUUCUGCUUGUGGAAGUGCAGAUGUGUUGGAAACAUUGGGAGUUGUCAUUGAUUUGGAGCCCCAGGGUGUAGAGAGAUGUGUAAAGGAAUCAGGCAUUGGUUUCAUGAUGGCUCCAAAGUACCAUCCGGCAAUGAAAAUAGUUGGUCCUGUGAGGAAAAAGCUUAAAGUGAAAACUGUGUUCAAUAUCUUGGGUCCUAUGUUGAAUCCAGCACGGGUACCUUUUGCAGUUGUUGGUGUAUACAAAGAAGAUUUAGUCACAAAAAUGGCUAAAGCGCUACAAAGAUUUGGCAUGAAGAGGGCAUUAGUUGUACAUUCAGAGGGUUUAGAUGAAAUGAGUCCCCUUGGACCUGGCGUGGCCCUUGAUGUUACUCCGGAAAAGAUUGAGAAGUUUUCUUUUGAUCCAUUGGAUUUUGGGAUGCAACGAUGUACACUGGAAAGCUUGAAAGGAGGAGGCCCAGAUUAUAAUGCAGAGGUACUGAGGCGUGUUCUAUCAGGGGAGAAAGGAUCUAUUGCAGAUGCAUUUAUACUAAACGCAGCAGCAGCUCUGUUAGUGAGUGGGAGCGUGAGGAGCCUGAGUGAAGGUGUAGCCCUGGCCAGAGAAACACAUCACGCGGGGAAAGCUCUCAAGAACCUCGAGUCUUGGAUACGCAUCUCCAAGGAAGAGAGAGAAGUAGCUACCAGCAUGGUUGGUUCAAAUUGAUGGUGUUGAAGACGGAAUCCUAUGAAAAACCAUAGCAAUUAAUGCAGGGCCCAGAAAUCAACAUGAUCCGGUGGAAUGUAACCCAACAGAUUAUAAAUGAAGAAAUUUAAAAUUAAGUGAUCGAAUCUAUGGAAAGCUCAGGAGAUAUUACACCAUGGAAGCCGGUGGACCACUGUUAAACCCUGCCUGGAUCCGCCAUGACUAGGAGCUUGCAGGGGGGCUACAAUUUAUAAUUAUAUACUAUAUGCAAUAAACCAACAUAACUGCUUUGGCUUUUGCCUUUUGGGUUAUCGAUAUUUGUAAAUUGAUUUGAAUUUCUGUUUUCCUUAUCCCUUUAAGGAGUAAUUGUUUUUCUCUUA